CCCAUCAUCGCCUUGUCUAAAUUUCUAACUUUCCGCUCUCCCAGGUCUUAGAUCUUUGUCUCUGUCUCUGUUUCUACUUUGAGGCCUCCGUUGUUGGUGGGUGGGUCUUUCUUCUCUCAAAAUGGCCACCGGAGUGAACAGAAAAAUUUCUGCUGCAUCAGCUCGGGCCCACACCAGAAGGGCAAAGAAAACCAAUUCCCUUUCCCUCCCAUCGGGAAUUCUUGGAACAGCACUAGCAGUGUUGUUUAUUGGGUUUUUAGCAUGGGCUUAUCAGGUUAUUCAACCUCCCGCUCCCAAGAUAUGUGGCACUUCUGAUGGACCGCCUAUAACAGCACCAAGAAUCAAAUUAAGAGACGGAAGGCAUUUGGCAUACAAAGAGCAUGGCGUUCCAAAGGAUGCAGCCAAGUAUAAAAUCAUCUCUGUCCAUGCUUUUGAUUGUUGCAGGCAUGAUACUGUGGUUGCCAAUACCCUAUCGCCGGAUGUUGUUGAGGAGCUGGGGCUCUACAUUGUAUCUUUCGACAGACCUGGUUAUGGGGAAAGUGAUCCUGAUCCAAAUCGUACUUUAAAAAGCCUUGCUUUAGAUAUAGAAGAGCUUGCAGAUCACCUGGGAUUGGGGUCCAAAUUCUAUGUAGUUGGUGUCUCCAUGGGUGGACAAGUUGUUUGGAACUGCCUUAAGUACAUACCUAACAGGCUGGCAGGUGCAGUACUCAUAAGCCCCGUUGUGAACUACUGGUGGCCUGGUCUUCCUGCAAACUUAACUACUGAAGCAUUUUCUAAAAAAAAAUUAGAAGACCGAUGGGCACUUCGUGUUGCUCACUACAUACCGUGGCUAACUUACUGGUGGAACACUCAAAGAUGGUUCCCUGCCUCUACUGCAAUUGCUCAUAGUCCAGAUAACCUUUCUCAUCAAGACAAAGAACUUGUGCCUAAGAUGUCUAAUAGAAAGAGUUAUGUGGCACAGGUAAGACAGCAAGGUGAUUAUGAAACCCUCCACCGCGACUUAAAUAUUGGUUUCGGUAACUGGGAAUAUAGUCCCCUUGAUCUUGAAAACCCAUUUCCAAAUAAUGAAGGCUCUGUCCAUCUUUGGCAUGGAGAUGAGGAUCUGAUGGUUCCAGUUACAUUGCAACGAUACAUAGCGCAAAAGCUUCCAUGGAUUCACUAUCAUGAACUCCAAGGUUCUGGUCACAUGUUUGCUCAUGCUGAUGGUAUGAGUGAUACUAUCAUUAAGUCACUUUUACGUGCAAAGUAGGCUUCUUCUAUGUUAGUUACUGUCAGUGCGAAGUUGGCGGCUUCUAUAUUGGUUACUGUCUAUCUCAGGUCAGUUUCGGCAUUUAAUAUCUCAGUUUUGGAGAAUUCACUGUUGAACAGAAUGAUGUAUGAUCAACUUUGAACAAUAUUUGAGUACACUUAAUGGUAGGAAGAAUCCUAUUACUUCUUAAUAAUUAUAUGAACUUUACUCUUUUGUGUGGGAAGUUAUUUAACAGAAGUUGACUUGUUCAAGUUACUCUCAAGCUGACACAAUGGCGAUGAACAUCACUAUUUUGCAAAACCAGUUUUAGACUUCUUGGGUUAUUAUUUGGAAGCAGAACAAUGUUCACAAUGAUUCAAUUCUUAUCAACGCUCACUCUGCUUGGCUUUUAAAUGCCUGAUUGUUCUAUAGCAGAAAUCAAUCCUCAACGCCAUGUACUUGACAUUAAUUUGGACACAUCCUAAUUAUUUUCAUUUUUCAA